UGAAAGAAAGACAAGGAGAGAAUUUUAAAGCGUAUUUUAAAUUAUAAAAAGCAAGAUGGUCCAAAACUCUGACAACUGUCUCCGUCGUAAACGAUCGUCAACUGCAAGGCGAUCACAAGUGAACGGUGUAAAAGACAAAAAUAACAAUAUGAAAGUUGUUGUGCGAGUAAGGCCUGCGAACGAGAUGGAACUCUACAAGCAAUCUUCCACGGCUGUUCGUGUUAUGGACGAAAGAAUGCUGGUUUUUGAUCCAAAAGAAGAGUCUGUAGAUUAUCUGUCCGGCGAUCGACCCCGAAGGCAACCACAGUUCCUGACGCGAAGAGCUAGGGAUUUGAGAUUCAUGUUUGAUCGAGUGUUCGAUUACGAGUCCAGUAACAAAGAUGUCUUCGAACACACAACUAAAACGAUCGUAGAUGGAGUUCUUGGUGGCUAUAACUGUUCUGUGUUCGCCUACGGAGCGACAGGGGCAGGAAAAACUUUCACAAUGUUAGGAGAUCAAUCUAACCCUGGAGUAAUGUUUCUAACGAUGAUGGAAUUGUACAGCAGAAUCAACGCUUCGAAGGACGACAAGAUCUCAGACGUAGCUGUCUCGUAUCUUGAGGUUUACAAUGAAACGAUCCGAGACCUCUUAAUGCCUGGCAAGCCUCUGGCUGUGAGAGAAGAUCCACAGAGGGGAGUGUGUGUCAGUGGCCUUACACUUCACAAGCCAACUUCUGCUGAAGAACUGCUGGGGAUGCUGGAGUUUGGAAACAACAACCGCACUCAACAUCCCACAGAUGCAAAUGCACAAUCUUCAAGAUCCCAUGCUGUUUUCCAGGUGUUUGUUCGACAAAAGGACCGAACUGCAGGAUUGCAAACAAACUUUACCAUGGGAAAAAUGUCCUUGAUUGACUUGGCAGGGUCAGAGAGAGCAAUAGUGACAUCCAACAGAGGUGAACGAUUCCGAGAGGGGGCCAACAUCAACAAAUCCUUACUGGCUCUUGGCAACUGCAUUAAUGCACUUGCUGAUAAAGAGAACAAAUCUGGGCACAUUCCAUACAGAGACAGCAAACUGACAAGACUUCUAAAAGAUUCCCUUGGAGGAAACUGCAGAACUGUUAUGAUAGCAGCAGUCAGCCCAUCAGGCCUCAGCUAUGAAGAUACAUAUAACACCUUAAAGUAUGCAGACCGUGCAAUGAACAUAACAUGUAAGGUGGUGAAAAAUGAAGUGUCAGUGGACAUGCAUGUGAGUCGCUAUGCAAAGAUUGUGGAGGAGUUACGACUUGAGAUCUCUGAGCUUAAAAAGAAGCUUUUUAGUCCUGAAUCAGGACCAGUUUUACCAAUUAAACCUACAGACUCCACUAAGCAGGGGGAAGAAGUGCAAAGAUUAUGCUCAAGCUUAAAGAGUGUCAUGAAAGAGAGAAUGGCAGUACGAAGAAAUAUAAUAGACAUUGAGGCAGCUGACAGGGACCUUCAAAUCAGACUGCACAGAAAGGAACGUUCCUUAAAAAGAAUGCAGUUUGUGUGUGUUGAAGGGCAGAAGCUCAAUGAGGUGUUGUCUAAAGUUGAAACAUGUAUAUCUUCCACUAAAUCCAAGCAAAAAUACCUCGCCUGCAAAAAAUCUGAAUUUGAGGAACAAAUAGCAAAAAACACUAAGUGGUUGGACAGAAUUAAAUCAGAGAUGACACAUCUUGACUCUGACAUGGGUGCAAAAACUCAACUUGAUCAAUGCCAGUCAGAAGCUCAGUCAAAGCUAGAUGAUAUGGAGCUGAGAAGAAACUGUCAGCUUUACAAGAGACACAUUCAUGCUUUAGAAAAAGAUGCUCAGAGUACAGAAAGACUGGUUGAAAAGUUACUAGGAAUGGUACAGAAGCAGUUUUUUGCUCUAAAAGGUGUUGGUCUCACAACCCAGGAGCUGAUGGAUGAAUACAACACUAUUAUUGAAACAGUUGAAAAGGGCCGCGAGGUGACAUGGGCUGAUCAAAGCACAUUGAAUGAUAGUAACUGCUUUGAUAAAACAUCAUCUAAUGUAAGCUUUCUGCUGCCAACUGCUGGAACACCACCAUCAAGAACACCUAUCAGAAAACGUCAGUUCAACACACCAGUCAGUAAUGUUUAUAGUGACAUGACACCUUGCAGAAACACUUCUAAACAUCAAAAGAUCAUCACAACCAGUUCUCAACCAACAUUAGAGAAUUCAGAUACUUGCAUUUCUUUGAUGAAAGAGUAUGAGGCAACACAGUCACUAGGAAAAUCAACAAACUCAGUUGGAGGAGGGUUUGAGAGACCCAAGAUGGCUACACCAGGUGUAACCAGUAGCAUUCCAAAGGAUCAAACACUGGUAACACCUUCACGAGUUCCAUCAGCUUCACCAUUCCUACCUUUAAACAGUAACAACUGUUUAAAGUCACCAGCAAUGUUUUACACCAAGAACAAUGUAAAUGAGCAAUCAACAUCUGCCCCAAGAAAGGCAACUCCCCAUCCCAAAGUUUGUUGGGGUGAAAGUCCUGUUGAAACAAAGUCCUCCUCACUAACAUGUAAUACUGCACAUAACAACUUAGGUAAUAGCACACCUGUAAGAGUCUCUAGAGACUUAAAUCUGUCAGGAAUACAAGCUCUAGAUGAAACUCCAGCAGAUAAAAAUCAACUAAAGGAUGCAAGACAGAUUACACCACUUCCAUCAAGAAGCAAUACAACACCUCUCAAAGAACUGUCAAUAAAUACAGUAAACAAUCAGAAAGAUCAGUUGCCAUCUGUGCUGAGUCAAAGUAAUCUUUUGAAAAAAGAAAAAUCAAACAGCAGCCAGGAAGUGAAAGACAUGCUGCCAAAGAGAGUUUUCAGUUCCACAAAAGAGAAUGUCCAAGCACUCAGAGGACCAUCAAGAUCAUCUAGCACUUUGCAGCUGGACAAGUUACAUUCUAAGAAAGUCAAGAAACACUUCAAUGGACUGAGAAGGGCAAUGAGCAGCACCUCAAUUGGAACAAGCAGAAACUUUGUACCACGUACAUCGCCAAAAAAAGGGAAUUCAAGAUCUUUCACAGACAGACCAAGAUGGCAGUAAAAUUAAUUCAGCACAACAAUAUAGUACUUAUCAGCAAUAACGAUGAUCAUUCUUGACUAUAAUUUGGAUGUAUGUAUAUAACCUUGGUUUUACAAAUGCAGCUGUAAUUUAAAGCAACAACCAAAAUAAUGUCACUCUGUGAUUUCAGGCUAGUUCUUUUUUUAAAUGUCACUUUUAGCGGCCA